CUCUCUCUCUCUCUCUCUCUCGAUCGUCUCCCCCGUUUCAACUGAGCGUGCGAGCGAGAGAGAUCGCGUGGGCGCAGCGACCAACCAUGUCCCGCCAAGCCUCGCGCCUCGUGACACGCGCCCUCAGCGGAGGCGGUCACCGCAGCACUGCCUCCUUCCGCCCCUUCUCCACCGACCUCCCGGCAGCGCCGUCGGAGGAUACGGCGUUCGUGGAGGCGUGGCGGAAGGUGGCCCCAAACAUCGACCCGCCCAAGACGCCACUCGCCUUCAUGAAGCCCCGUCCACCUACCCCCUCCUCCAUCCCCUCCAAGCUCACCGUCAAUUUCGUCAUCCCCUACCAAUCCGAGAUCUCCAACAAGGAGGUUGAUAUGGUCAUUGUACCAGCAACUACAGGGCAAAUGGGUGUUUUGCCUGGACAUGUUGCCACCAUUGCCGAGCUCAAACCAGGGGUCCUUUCUGUACACGAAGGGAAUGAAGUUACCAAGUACUUUGUUAGCAGUGGGUUUGCUUUCGUACAUGCCAACUCAGUUACAGACAUAGUUGCUGUUGAGGCUGUUCCUGUUGACCGCAUCGAUCCAAGUCUGGUCCAAAAGGGACUUGCUGACUUCACCCAGAAGCUAAACUCAGCUACCACGGACUUGGAAAAGGCUGAAGCACAGAUUGGCGUCGAUGUUCAUAGUGCACUGAAUGCUGCACUAUCUGGUUGAAUGAUAGUGUUUAUCGCUUGGCAUACAAUCCUCUUGAACCAUCGUUGAACUCAGAUAAAUGGCCAACUCUCAAUAUGAGAGGAAAGAAGGGGAAAGUCAAAUAAAUUUUUGUUUCAGCUGAAAGCACUGUGGUAAUUUGAUUGUGAUCUUGCUGUACAAAUCUGGAAUGUUUGGCAUUAUUUUGUUUCCACGUAGAUACGAAAUUCUAGCAGAUUUGUUGGCUUGAACUACAAAGUAACUUGUUCUCUCCUUCCUGUUAUAGUGGCAUUUUUUUGUUGUUUUUCUACU